GUGGGGGUCAAAACACUCCGUGAAUCGUUUUACAGGGAAGGUGCGAUUAUCAAUGUAGUAGCAAAUAUGUUGUGCACGCGGAAACAUAAAGAGGAAUCAGUCGCGUGUCGUCGUCGUGUGAGCUGGCGUCACACGUCGGCCACGAGCAUUCCUUGUAUUAGUACAUUCGACACCACCGAACCACGAUAUUUUCAAUCGCAUGCCUAAUUAAUCCUCAUCGAAUAAUUUCGAUAUUUUUCCUUCGAAUAAUGAAUUAUGAUGCUUUUUUUUUUAUCAACCACGACACGUAUAAUGACGAAGCUGCAAUAUCAAUUUAUUAAUAUGCAAGAAAGAAACGAUAAACGAUGAGACAUCGAACUGAUACGAUAUUACCAAUAUGAUCAGUAUUAUACCAUUUGCUUGCAUGCACUUUUUAUUACUAUUUCUCUUUCUUUUUUUAUCGAUGAUCGUGUAUACCAGUUCAACGAGAAAUUACGGAAUAAACGAUGAGCUAUUGUUUCUGUUUUCAAUCGAAUAAUUUGACUCGCUUUCGAAUUGACUUGGCGAUAAGAUUAGGUCAUCGACUUAUUGCAACGGUGGCAUUCGUUUAUUAGGUUAGGAAGAAAGUGUAAGAUUGCCGUAGGUCGCUUUACGUAUUGCCUACUGGUUCCAGCGUUCUGCACCAUUUACAUCGCGCGUUACUUCCUGUUGAUUUAACACAGUACAGGAAAACGCUUUUUAACAACAAAGUAGAAAAUUCUUUCAUGUAUGUAUAUAUUGGUUUUCUUAGAUACGCAUCGUUGAAUGAAAUCGUCGAUCAAGAAAAAAAAAAAAAAAAAACGGUACGGGUUUGAUCGCGCAGUUGGAAUUUCUAUAGAAUACUUCUUUGCCGGUCGAAGAGUAAAGUGACGAAACGGAAAUUAAAAAUGCUGUGACAUCAAUUCGAGAGUUUAGAUCCUACUCUGUCACGUGAUCUGGAAAGUGUGCAAGGCGGGAGAUCCGAGAGAAACUCCGUGAACUAGUUAAUUCUUUUGCGUUAGGAUGUUCUAAAAGCGUGUUCUCGGAGAGAUAGUGGGUAUUUGAAAGAAAAAAGAAAGAACAGCGUGUUUGCUGAAAACACUGGCCUCUCGAUGGUAUUACUCGCAAGCGUACAGAGGCGAAGAAAAGCGAGGAGUAAAUAGAGUCGUAUUACCUAGAGGUCGCGCUCGGUUUCUCGAUACAAUAGUAAUUACGAGAUGCGUGGACGAUAUCAAAUACAUUGCAAAAACAUUGCAACUCCUUCGUCCCUCCGGUCGGGAAGGCCGGCAGUGGGGACUCCGUCGAAAAAUCGAUUUUCCGUAGGGCAUAAGGGCGCGGGGAGGAGGCGAGGGCAAGGGAGAAGUACGGAGACGAAAUUCGGGAAAAUCCGCAGAGUGAGAACGGGAGAAAGAGAAAGGAGGAGGGUGAUAGGGAAGAGGGAAAGAGAAAGAGAUUGGUUUCUAGCCCGUUCCGAUGUCGCUCGUGUGGAGUUUCUGCAUUUCGAAGAAUGGAAGCCAUGGAUUUGGACGGGGAUGCGGUGGUGGACUUGAGUGUUAGCAGUGGCAGGAGAAAUUCUCCAUCGAUCACUGUUAACUCUGGUGAUGUAGGAGGUCCACUGGAUUUAGGCAUACAUUUGUCAGCAAGUUCUAACGUGGAUAACAACAUGCCUGAAGCGCGUAACAUUCAAAAUGCAGCAAGAGGCAUAUUGGCCCCAAAAUCUGGGGACGAUAGAAAAACACGCCGUAAUCUUAGACCUAGGAUUGAAAUAAGUUACGCAGAGACUCCUGAUGAACGUAGAAUAAAUGGUUACGUGAAUGGAAAUGCAGACAGUGAUGAAGGUGAUAUGCCCCCACUGCCACCGAUAAAAGAGUUGUCAUCGGAUGAAUUAGCCGAACGCGAAAGGACACUUAGAAAAUUAAGGGAGGAACUUAGAUCUGAGGAAAUGAAAUUGGUGUUGUUAAAGAAGUUAAGGCAAUCUCAACAAUUGAAGGAGAAUAUUGCUGCUGUACCCAAAGUACCCAGUAAAUUACCUCCACCAGUUCCGGUACAACAAGCUGCUCAUAGUCUUAGGACAGCAAAAGCACCACCACCUUUACUUAGAGGACAACCUGCGCCAAGUAGGAGCAGUAGUUUACAUGCUCCUCCACCUGGAAUGUUACUACCACCUACAGUUGGUCGAAGCCCUACUUCUAGUACUGGAAUGCCACCUAACAUGGUCAUACCGCAACCACCUCAUCCUAGCAGGGGCAGACCACCAAGCGCGACACCAAAUGUAUCAAAUUAUCAUGCACCAGCAGACAGAACUGAGAGGUCCACUAAAGAUCCUACUCCCUCGCCGGCACAUCAAGUAAGUAAGCUGCUUGUUGGAUCUCAAGAAAAUAAAACCACCGCAUCCUUAAGCACACCUGUGAUUUCAGAACAGGAAAGACCAAGGGAUGAUAAUCAAACACCCGCGCAACGUCAAGCGGCUGCUAAAUUGGCUUUGAGAAAGCAACUGGAAAAAACGUUAUUACAAAUACCACCUCCGAAACCUCCGCCACCAGAGAUGCACUUUGUACCAAAUCCUUCUAAUACGGAGUUUAUAUAUUUGGUCGGCUUAGAGCACGUAGUUGAUUUUAUCACUAAAGAGCCUGCCAUUCCACCACCUCCGGAACCGUUCGAGUGCACUCAAUGUAAAACGGACUUUACACCUGUAUGGAAGUGGGAGAAGCCGGUGACUGGUGGCAAAAAAGAAGGUCCGAGAGGACAGCAUGCAACUUUCCAGAGACCUCCGGCAGGUCGUGAUCCUAGAGUCAUAUGUGAACACUGUGUAACGACGAACGUUAAGAAGGCUCUUAAAGCAGAGCAUACUAAUCGGUUAAAAACGGCGUUCGUGAAAGCAUUACAACAGGAACAAGAGAUAGAACAAAGGUUGGCACAAGCAGCUUGUCCAAGUCCAGAUCCACCAGCUCCAAAACCAGUUCCUAAAGCAGCUACUCCUACAAGAAGAGUAGCAACACCACCAGCCCCUCCACCGCAAGUACCACCAGCGCCGACGCUAGCACCAACUCCACCAGCCCCUAAACUACAAGAGCAUCCUUUGGUUAAAUUAGCAGAGAGUGGAAAGUUUGGUCCACAUCAUGCUGCUGCUGCAGCUGCUUUACAGCAACAGUUACUCAGAGAACUGGCAAAAAAUCCUGUACCAGGUCUACCACCUCAUCAACCUCUUCCCGCUCAUAUGAUGCCACCGUUUACCUCAAUAUUGUAUCCUUAUCAGCUAGCAAUGGCGCAGGCCGGCGGUAAGGGACUCGCUGAAUUACAACGACAAGCGGCAGAUUUGCAACGCCAAUAUUUGCUUGACAUGAUCCCGUCGCAAGCGUCUCAAGCGCAAGGCAAUCAAGCUCCGCCACGGGCCCACCCGCAUAAUUGGAAAACGUAACCAGACGCAUUUAGAGAUCGUACAGUAAAUGCAAAUAAAUGAAAUUGCAGAGCUGUGUUAGAGGAAUAUCGAGAAGCAAGGAUACUCGCAUUCAUUUUUCCACGACGUCGUACUAAAGGGGAAAAUAUUGUAAUGGAAUGUGACAGUCACGUCUUCAGGGCAGUUUAUAGGAUAAUGUACCAAUCGUACGAGAUUGGUAUCUUUUAUUAUAAAGUGAAGCUCAAAUCGGAAAACAAUGGACAGACUGUAUUUCCUGUAUCAUUGUGAGGAAGGAUUACUUGGAUCAUCAUUUGUGAAUACGCAUUGACGUGUGAGUGUGAAUUUAUUGUUACCCGAAGGUUUCACCGUCUCGGAGAACCUAAGCUUUCAGUUACGAUACAUGUUUACCAUCGUUUGUUUUGUGCUUCAAAACGAAAGAAACGGAAGAAAGAAAGAAUAUUUGCAACCAAUGAAAACCAGACGGGGGAAAAAAAAAGAAAAAGAUGAUCGAUGUAAUUGGUUUUUAACAACGGUAUCUGUUUUCUUCUUGCAUCGGUAUCGAACGAUACCCCAACGGAAAAUAGAUAAAUAAUGUCAAUCGAUUGGAGUAAAGUGCAUAAUGAUUUUUGGAUGCACCUGAACGAAUAUAAUUGCUUCAAUUAUAACGUUAUAUACGUACACGUAUAAAGAACCAAGUGGACAUUUAUAAGGCACUAAGGACAGUAAUGAGUGUUACGUGAUUUAUAAAUUGGUUGAUUAACGAUAUAGUAGUGAUAAACGAGGAGAGAAAAAAAGGCGUGCGCGCGCGCUUCAACGCAGCAGCGAAGCAAAUGAUAAAAUGGUGGGAUCUUUUUAGGCCCUUUUAUAUAGUUAAGCCGACCUUUGUCGCUGGUUUUGAAUGAUUUUUGCAACCAUCGGCGGUACCUGUACUCUGUGUAUAUCUCUUUAUUUUCUUCAAACUGUGAGUAUUUUUAAGACGAUUAUAACAAGGAAAGAGUUGUAGGCUACGAUAAGAAACAAAACGAAAAGAAAAAGAAAAAAAAAGAAAGAAAAACGAUGAUCUUUAUAAUGAAAGUGUGUGUCAGUGAUAGUCAGGCAAAUGAAUGUGGGAGUGAUAGUAAUGUUUUUUGUCGGUACAAGAUAGGAUACGUAUUCAGCGUGUUUUUUAAACUAGAGUGACACGAGUGUCAUUCGCGCACAAAUCGUAGAAAUUUCGUAAUAAGUCGUUGGUUCGUAUAAGAGGCGCAGAAUGUAUUUAAAACAAAGAUUUUUCCGGCGAUGAUGAUUUAAAUUAAACGAAAGGAAAUACAUAUAUUAAAUAUGUAUAUAUAAUAUAUAUACAGAUAUAUAUAUGUUAUAUAUAUAUGUAACACAAGAAAAAAGAAAAAAAAAAGAGAUAUGAAAGAACGAAAACCUGUCGAUUAGGGUGUAAAAUUUAAGCGCGAUUGAUUUACAUGUGUCACAUCGAUGUAAAAGUAUUUAAAGAAUUUAACAGGUCGUAUGUAUCCGAAGUUUCUUCUGAAAAAAAAAAAAGAAAAGAAAACGAUCAAGUUGGCAACACGCCGAAUUUUUACGAAAUCCUCUCUCAAAGAAAAGGAAAGCAAAAAAAAAUAACGUAUCUGCA